UGCCCCGGGCCCGGCAGAAGUUAUUUCCCCGGGCUCCCCUGAGGACCAUGAGGCUUUAGCUCAGGCGCUUAGGCGGGAUCACGAGCUAUACAGAGGCAGUGCGCCCAUCCUCACCAUGCGGGAGAAGAAGCUCACCACGGUGCCUCCCAGCAUAAGAGAUGAUGAGUUUGAGGAUUAUUUAGCAACCGAUGAUAUGCUUGUAGACUUCUUUAAUGAAUUCUUGAAUCUCCCCACCUUUGCAGAGCCAAUUAAGUUCAAUCCUGACUUUGGCGUUUUUGAAGUUGCUACCGAUGCCCCACAGCGUCUGGAAAACCAGCUGAAAAAGAUGUUGCGUGAAAAGAAACCCCGGAAUCCCAUUUACGAGGUCAUAAGGCCAGCAAAGCAAGAAAUUCCAGACCUCAGACCUGUUCCCCCUCCCCCACCAGUGUUAAAUUUUGACCCAACUUAUUCAACAAUGUGUCUCAACCGAGAGCAGGCUAUUGCGUGGAUUAAGAAGGAAAGAUUCCCAUCGUUUUUAGAGAGCGACUGUUACUUUGAAUACAGGUUAGCUAAACUGAUAUCGCAGGUGGAGUGGAGCAGAACUGGCGUCAACGUUGUUAUAGAUAAAACGUACUAUCCUUGGUUCACCAAAAGCCUACCACCCUCAGAAACCUCUGAAGAGAAUGAAAAUGACUUAAUUAUGAGAAAGUUCUACGUCUCUCUUGGCCAGGCUACUGUCACCCAGACACGGGAUUGGUUUACUUUAGCCAAGCUAAGUCAGCGCAUGAUUACUACGGAUUCUUUUACUCAUCCAGUGGCAUCUUCCCACGUUCAUUUUUCUCCUUGGCCUUCAGAGCCAUCUUCUUCAAUCCUAGAUUUCAGGGCAGUACAAAGGAUGCCUAGUGUUUCAUCCACCGUUCUCCAUGCUGUUGCCCUUGGAGAACCGGAAACCAGGAUGAGGAAGAAGCGCACCCAAUCUGGUACAUCACUUCUUCAGAGGGUAGUAGCUAGAAGAAGCAUAGAUGAGGGCCACUCUAUGUCUCUUCCUGAUACUCCUUCAAGCACUGUCUUAAGAGCAUACGUAGGGCAGGACUGGGAUGUUGCCCUCCAAGCAGCAAAGAGCAAGGAACUUGACCAACCACCCAUGUAUUUUCAAACAGUAGAUGAGUUUUCAUUAGCCUAUGCUCAGUAUAUCCUUAAAAGCUCUGUAGCACAGGUUACUGGGCAGCCGCCCAUAGUCAACCCGACUGCUAUCGACUUCGACAGAACGUCUAGAGUGUUUAUAGUUGAGAUAGCAAACAUUCAACCUUUCAUGGAGCCACUCGAACCAAAACCUCCACUUCCUGCGGAUGAUAUACCAGAUAAGGGGAGCGAAAUAAGCGCUAGUACGAAAUCUGAAAAGGAUAACACUGAAACCAGGGCUGCCUGGUGUCUUAGCCACAAGACUUAUGAUAUUGGCAACAGGCAUGAAUUCGAAAGGUUCAAGAGGUUCAUCAAAGGAACUUUGGGAGAAAGGUACUUGCGGCUUUGGAUGGACAUUGAAAGACUAAAGGUUCUGCGGGAUCCUAAAAGACAGAGAAGACAGCUUGAUAAAAUGAAAAAAACCUACUUAGUGAGCAAUGGAGAUUAUUUCCUUACCACUGAAGUUUUGAUGAAGCUAAACCUGAUUGAUGGGGACCAGUGGAACAUGUUUAACUUGAGACGUGCUCAACCUGAAGUAGUGAAACCUUUGCUUCUUUACUGGGGUCCCCGGUUUUGUGUUAUCCAUACAGGAGCCACACAGGCUGCCAGCACCAAACUGAAAAUCUGGCAUUCUCGGCAACAGAAGCCACGUAUGGAUGUGGAUCCGUUCCCACAGAUGGUAUCACUGUUGCCACUGAGAGCUAAAUCUUGCAUGCCAAAAAUAGCACAGCCCCAGAGAGGAGAAACGGGAUCAUCACCACCACCAAAAGGAGCUACGGUAGAUCAGCAGAUGCCUUCCAGACUAUUAUCAGCAGUCCUGCCCCGGAGCCAAAGUGCUAUUCAGGAAGCUCCUGCCCUCCUCUUGAGUUCAAUGGAUGUUGACAAGAAGCGGCCAGCAACAGCUGCUCAUAUGACAACAAUUCCUGACAAAACAGAUUAUCUGAUGCCAAAGCUGGAUAGAAAAUACACCUACGCGGAAAUGAUCCCUGGCACAACGACUGCAGCCGUUUCAGAACUGGGAAGUUCUGUAAUGGAAAGAAUGCUUCAGUCCCUUAAUGUGGAGAGCAGAUCAGGCUACAUCUUUACUGAAUUCUGUGAGAAGUCGGAAAAUAAGCUGUGGAAGAACAGCACGUAUUUUUGGUUUGACCUGCAGGAUUAUCACCAGCUUUUCUAUCAAGAAACCAUCCAUCCUUUCAAAGUGGGCCAGCAAGCUCAAUUUCUUUAUGCCAAUUACAUUGCCCCUUCUGCUAGCAUGGAUAUUGGACUACAACAGAUCACAAAAAAUGAGAUUUACCAGAAAAUUGAGCCACCAUUUGAGGAUCUUUUCGACUCAGCAGAAGAAUACAUUCUCAUCCUUCUUUUAGAUCCAUGGAUGAAGAUGGUAGAACAAGACAGAAAAACUUAUGGGCAGGUGGAGCUGGUGGAAGAAACUCGACAGCUGGACUCAGUGUACUUUAGAAAGCUGCAGGCUUUGCAUGGAGACAGCAUUUCCAAGAAGGAUGAGGUUUCGGCUGUCAAAGAAGAGGAGAUCCCAUUGCAUCCUGAACCUACCGUAGUCACAGUACCCCCAAGUCAAGCACUUCCUGAAGAAGCUACGUCAUAUAGCAUUCACGACCUGUUAAAGAAGAAACUGGAGCUGGAAGCUUUCCGGACCUUCCUUGAACAGCAGUAUGCAAGCAUCGACCUCACGUGCUGGCUAGACAUUGAACAGUUCCGUAGGAUGCUUCACAGAAAUAAAGAACUGAGAGAAGCAAAAUCUAAGGAUAUUAAGAAUAAAUAUUUGAAUAGGAAAUACUUCUUUGGGCCUGACAGUCCAGCUACAAAGAUGGAGCAAGAGCAGAUAAUGAAAUCAGGUGGAGGCUGGGGGUAUUUACUUCACGAACAAGUCGUCCCUGUAAUCCUGCUGGAGGUUCAAAAGUGCGUUCAGAGGAGACUAGAGAAGCAGUGGCUGCCACUAUUUUAUACAAGUGAAGAAUCAGGACCACAGACAAGGGUAAAGCCACACUUCCAAGAUGCAGCAGAAGAUAUCUUAAUUCAAAGACUUGAGAAGAGAGCGGAAGCAUGGAAGCAUUUGGACAGUAAGUGGGUUUCUUCAUCUCGGGAAAUAAUUACUUUCCGCAAAGCCCUGUUGAAUCCAAUCACAGCCUAUCAGUUUCAACGCUAUGUGUCUCUGAAAGGAGAUUUACUGGAGAAUGGAGUGAUCUUCUGGCAGGAAGUGCAGAAAUAUAAGGACUUGUGCCAUUCCCACUGUGACAGUGCUAUCAUCCAGAAUAAGAUCACGACCAUCAUCAACUGCUUCAUAAAUUCUGCCAUUCCACCAACUCUUCAGAUUGACAUACCUGAGGAGCAGGCCCAGAAGAUCAUGGAGCACAGGAAAGAGCUAGGCCCUUACGUGUUUAGAGAGGCACAGAUGACUAUUUUUGCUCUUCUGUUUAAAUUUUGGCCACAAUUUUGUGAGUUCCGAAGCAAUUUGGCGGAUGAGAAGAUUUUGCCUCUUCUGGAGAAGCGAAGAGAAAAGAAGCUGAGAAAAACAAGAGAAACAGAUGGCGUGGUAUCUGGGAAGAGAACUCCCAUGUCUGUUAAGAUGGGUUCUGUUCUUGAGAGUAAAAUGAGCAAAAGUGAGCUUUCAUCUACGCCGAGCUUUACUGAAUAUGGCAAACAGGUUUCCUGGUCUUAUUCAAAGUACCUAGAAGCUCUCCAGCAGGAAAGAGUUCUUCUGAAAAUCCAAGAUGACCUGGAUAAAAAAUCAAUAGCGUCAUCUGCGUAUACAGAGCUCUCAAACCUUCUCACGCUGAAGAGCGAUCCGUCAGAAAAACCCAUGAUCACAACAACUUACAGCUCUGCUUUUGUGAAACAACGUCCAUUAAAUCCCAAAGAUGGUGAAAGAACUCCAAAACUUUAAGCGUGGAAUGUGAUGAAGACAUGAUGGAUUUGCUGCUACUCUGGGAGCAGUCCAGUGCAGAAAUAAACUAUUGUGGGCAAUUUGCUUGUACCCCGGUUCCUUCAGUGGCAAGGGGGGCACUGGCCUUAUUUAUUGUGCUAUUAUGUACUACAGUCCCCCCCCUUUGGGGGUGGAGAUUUUGUCCAUCAACACAACUGUAUGAAGUAUGUGUAAGGGAAUGGCUAUAGUUCAACAGAUGCUUUGCAUGGAAAAGUUCCUUGAUUAGAUCCCUGGUAUUUCCAGGUAGGGAAAUGCUCAUUGCUAGUCAGUGUAGACAAUACUAAAUUAUAUGGACUAACAGCCUUGGUUUAAGAUAGCUAUCUGUGCUCAACUUCCCUUUGAAAUAUAAAUCUUGGUGUAGCUCAGAGCCAAAGGGGGAGGGAUCCAGAUGGCUUGUGAGUCUGCUGAUGGUUGGGAAUGAUAUUAGCAAGAGGGUCUGUUAGUACCAUUCUUAUUCUGAUUAUCAAGAUACAAGGAAAAUCAAGGCACUUACUAUUGCUUUCUGGCAUGUUGGAGUAUCAGUAGAAAGAGCUAUCCUAAGGACAGAGGCCGUUGCUCAGCAAAUGCUAGAAAUAUAUGAAAAACCCACUAUGUGAAGAUUCCCGAGGGACUGUAAUUCCUUGUAAGGUCUGUGCUGGUGUUUAUCAUACUGUUUUUAAAGCUACAGCCUAUUCUUUCUAUAGGUUACAGGUGAUGUGAGGUGGGGUGGGAGGACCCACACAUAUUAGAUAUUCCUUCCCUUUUCACCAUUCCAGUUAAAUGAUGAACAAUUUUACCACUGAUAAUUUGGUUCAGAUCCAUUUCUUGGCAGACUGCUUCCUUAGGCAUGUGAUAAACAACUGCAAUCAGGAUCAUUUCCUUUCUCAGUAGAAAUUACAGUAGCAAUGGGUCAACAUCAUAUAUUAAAGAGCCUUCUAGGUAGCUUCCGUUUUUUUAUUUUUACAAUAAAAAAGUACAAUCUAAAAUUAUCUACACACCCAACAUUUGGUUUACCCAUGUCCAAAUGUCCACCAGUUCAUUCUUCCAUGUUGUCUACUGUAUUCUGAAGAACUUAAUAACUAAAGACCCUGCUGUAUAUCUUAAUUGGUAGCUCUGUUCUGAGUCAUACUAGGUGGACUUGUUGUAUGAAGGAUAUUAUCCAGAUACAUGUCAGAGAGGAUAAUAUGUCAUAUGAAUGCUAUCCAGCCUUUCAGAAUUAUAUCCACCCAUUCAGUUAAAUGACUUGUUUCCCUUGUGGUCUUGAUGGAGGUGGUGUAACUGGAUGUCUUAUUUGCCUGUCAUAAAGGAGCUGGAAUUGCUUUGGUGCAUAGGUAGAAUUUUGCACGACUGGCUGUAAUUCAUUCAUUCCUUUAUCAACAUUAAGUCUUCCAGAAGACUUCACAAAUUGAUGUUGAUGUUCAUAUAUCCAGCUAACAGUUGGGCCAAGUUAUGAUCCAGCCAAGUUAAACACUUUUGAAUACAAUUGAUUUUAAUGAGAAAGUUUAUCAUGACCUCAAGUCUCUUCCCUGCAAAUCAGUUGAACUUAAAAAAGUGUUCUACUUCUGAUCGUGCCCCAUAUGUUUUGUUCCUAACUGGCUAUUUAAAAUAAAAAACAGCAUUAUUGCACCUAAAGACUAACAGAUUUAUUGAGUGGUAAUGUUUGGUACAGAGGAAUAUUGGAAGCUGCAUUAUACUGAGUCUGGCCACUGGUUCAACUAGCUCAGAAUUACCUACACUGACAGGCAGCAGCUGUCUAGGGUUUCAGAGGGGAUUCUCUCCCACCCCUGCCUGGAGACGCCAGGGUUUGAACCUGGGGUCUUUUGCAUGCAAAGCAGAUUCUUUGCCACUGAGCUACGAGCCCCUCCUUGGACAAUCCAUUCUUGCCCCUGCAGCCCUCUGUGCCUCCCCAAAUCUACUUCAGAAGACUGGCGGCCCCGUGGUGCAGUUUCCGAAGGGUGCACAGCUGCAGGGGGUACCGCUGAAACUUCCCUCUACCCGUUACUCUGCACUGAUUUCACUCUGCACUAAUUCCAGAGAUCAGUGGACGGACACCAUUUGAUAUCACUCUUUGUGACUAUUUAAAGAAAUGGUUUUAUGUUAAUUCCAUGAAAUAGUAUUAUUACCUAGUUGUAUCUUUGAUGUGUUUUGAUGCAUUGGUUUUUUAAAAAAAGUGUUUGCAGGAGCAGAGGUGGAUGUCGAGAGGAAUCAAACGUUUGGUAAUCAGUUCUUUCUUAUUAAAUGUUCUUAAUGUGUUGCACUUUGCUGACAUUUCUCUCAACGAUACCUGAUGCUAGGUCAUUCUACUAAUCUAAGUUGUCUGUUUACAUAAGCAGUUGCUACAAGCAGCUCUUAAAUUGCUAUUUGCAUUUCCCACAUCUGCAAAAUUUUGCAUUGUCUUUAAUGUGCAUUUGAAUGAACAAUGAUUAUUUCCCCCUUUAGAUCCAGUAUUAGCGAUAUCUUCACUUCAUCCUUUCCGUGACUUUGUUAGUGGGCUAAGAUUACAUGUGGCAUACACACAGUACACUUAAGUAACUGGGUACUUCUAUCAUAGCUCCUCUUAAUCACCUU